GACAACUGUCAACCACACGUUUGACAGAAGGUGAAGGUAUCAAAAAUCAUAACAAAAGUUGAAAGUUUGAGUCGAGUUGAGCAAAAAAUAUUUUUUUUUACAAAUAUUUAAAUACCGUCUUUGUCUCUAAAUUACUAAUUUAAAAUGUUGAAACCGAAAGCUUUAACUCAAGUAUUAAGCCAAGCGAAUACCGGUGGCGUGGAAACUACUUUAUUGCUCAAUACAGAAGGUUCAUUAUUAGCUUACAGUGGCUAUGGUGACAAAGAUGCUAGAGUCACUGCAGCUAUAGCUAGCAACAUUUGGAGUGCUUAUGAAAAAAAUGGAAGGAACGUUUUCAGAGAAGAUCAUCCACAAAUAAUCUUAAUGGAAUGCCAGGAGGGCCGUAUAGCAAUCACGCAAGUGGCUAAUGUUUUACUGUGUCUAUAUGCUAGAAGUGCUGUAGGUUUUGGAAUGCUAAAACAAAAAGCUGCAGCUCUAGCUCUGUAUUUAGAAGGGCCUUUGAAGCAAGUCGCUUCGUCUAAUAUGUAGUUUUAAGUGAAAUUAUAUUUUUAUUUAAUGUAAAUAGCUUUAUAUUAAUUUGAAGAAUGUCAACAAAUAUUCAUGUGUGACAAAUGUUUUAAUUUUAAUAAAUUUUUACUUCCACAAAUGUAUAUUAUU